AUGUUCCAGUCCGAAGCGUUCUGCUCCGACCGUGGGCUCGGCAAAGUGGCGCUGGCGGCUCUUGCACUUGGCGUGUUCAUGACCUCCCACGUCUCUUUGCUACUGUACGCCGACUUCGUAGCGCUGCCAGACCCUUCCAUCGGCCCGACAGCUGGUUUGCGCUGGCGAUGCCUGGAACAAUGGGGUUUCUACGCACUGGCUCUAGGGUUUUUCCAUUUGAUGGAGUUUCUCCUGACUGCUGCUUAUCGGCCGACGAAAGUUAGUUACGAAUCUUUCCUGCUGAAUCAUAGUCGGGAGUACCACUUGGCUUUACUAUUGAGCUGCCUGGAGUUUUGGCUCGAGUUGUGUUUCGUGCCAGGGUGGAAACUGCAUCCACUCGUGCGUCCCGUGGGAUUGACUCUAGUUGUCAUCGGCCAGUUCUUCCGAAUGGCGGCCAUGAGCACUGCAGCCAACAACUUCUCACAUCGAAUUGAGUAUUUCAAACGGAAAGAGCACGAGCUCGUGACCAAUGGAGUGUACCGCUUUAUUCGUCACCCGAGCUACUUGGGCUGGUUCUGGUGGAUCGUAGGCAGUCAGAUCUUGUUGGCAAAUCCGAUAUGUGCGGUAGGUUACACUGUGGUGGCCUGGAGCUUUUUCCACGACCGCAUUCCGUAUGAGGAGCGAUUACUACUUGGUUUCUUUCCAGAUGAGUAUCCAGCGUACAAGGCGCGUACGUUCAGCGGUAUUCCUUUUGUGGGGGAAAGUGCUGUCCACUGUUGCAAGGUUUCAUGA